UUGUGUACAAAGUGUCAUUCUGUGAUUGGUUCGCAAAAUCCGGCACUUCAUCCCAAAGUAUUUGGUGUUUUUCUCACUGAUUUCCCACGAGUUUCCUUAUCAGAUUGUUAUCAAACAGUUCUCAGUGAAGUGGUGUGCUAUUAAAAUCAAACGUGGAAGGUCAAUUUUCCCCCCUAAAGUGACUAAAAGAGUGCAAACGUGGCGAGUGAAAACAAACUUUUGCACAGUUUUCACUUGGAUUUUCUGAGAAAAACAGAGCAUUUUCCAAGUUAAUUCACUGAAAUUCUGGGAAUUGACCCUUCUGUGAACCUAAUUUUUCAUCCCAGUGUGAUUUCAGAGGAAUACUUCUCUGCCAAAUGUUGAGGAAGGUAGGUUAUGUCAUUCUCUUGACUUUGAGUUUUGCGCUGGUACUUCUGGAGGCUCAAGUGGCCCCUCCGCUGCCUUCUGGGGAUUCCAAGAAUGGGAAGAAUGUCAAACUGCCUCCCUGUAAGUCUUGUCGGGUGUUAGUUGAAUCAUUUGAAGCUGGUGUCCGCAAGACGGAGAGGAAUAAGCACGAUGGGGGCGAUGCUGCAUGGGAAGAGGAGAGACUGGGCAGCUAUAAGACAAGUGAAUUGCGCCUGGUGGAGAUUCAGGAGUCUCUGUGCAAUGACGUGACAAGAGGAGCCAGUCAGUGCCAUAAUCUCGCUGAAGAUAGUGAGCAAAUACUCGAGAAUUGGUGGUUCAAGCACCAAAAUGAAGAGCCAGAUCUCUUCAAGUUCCUCUGCAUUGGGGAAUUGAAAGUCUGCUGCCCAGAUCACCAUUUCGGUCCCAAUUGUGAUCCCUGCUCAGAUUGCCAUGGCAAUGGGCAGUGUAAGGGAAAUGGCACUCGAAAGGGCAAUGGGAAGUGUCUCUGUGAUCCAGGAUACGCCGGAGAUGGCUGUACCGAAUGUGCCCUACAGUACUACGAGGCCUUCCGCGAUGAGACCAAAAUCCUCUGCUCACCCUGCCAUGCUGCAUGUGCCAAUAGCACGGGAUGCAGAGGCCCUGGGCCAAGGAGCUGCAAUGCAUGCGCCAAGGGAUAUGCUGCAGUGUCCGGAGGCGAGGGCGGCGGCUGCCUGGACAUCAAUGAGUGCCUGGAAAUGCGAAAUGCUUGCCAGAGGAAUCAGUUUUGCGUGAACAAUGAAGGCUCGUUCACGUGCUUGGAAUGUGAUAGAUCGUGCAAUGGGUGCUCAGGAGAUGGACCGGAUCUCUGUGAUUCCUGUGCUGACGGAUACGAGCUCAGGGAUGGACUGUGCACGGAUACUUCAGGGGAGAAGCGGGAGCAAUAUGUGACCAUGACACGGUAUUUGACCUACCUGGGACUCUGCAUAGCCACUUGUGUGAUCUUCCAGAGUUCUACGUGGAUUGCCUCUCUCGUAGGCCUUGCUGUGGCUCUGUACAUCUCUGUGUCUGAAUACUGGCUGGCUGGAUCAUCGAGCAAAGACCAAAGCCCUACAAUUCCUGACCAUCUGAUCAAUGAGCUGCGCGGCAAGUGAAGAUAAUGUUACCAAGACUGUUUUAAUUGUAUGUUAGAUCAAAUUGGCAUGUCGCGAGUGAACUUUCUCAGGUGUUUCUUCUCUCUCAUCCAAAAGAAAGCGAAAUGUGACACAAGAACGAGAAUUUUAAUGCAUGAAAACAAGAUUGACUCGUUUGUUUUUUCUUUCUUUCUUAAAAGAAAAAAAAGUUUGUGUAUAAGUGAAUUAGGAAAAUAUUUAUUGGCUCUUGGAAGAUUCAAAAAUAAAAUCCAAUGGCAAAUUCAUGAGACAAAAUCCCCAAGACAAAGAGUCAUUCAAGUUUUUCUUGUUUUUUUUGUGUUGAGCUUCUUUAGCAAAUUUUCUUCACACUUUGAGUUUAUGAUGUAAUUUUUUCGUUAAGCAAGAUUUACCCACAAAAGCCAUCUUCAAAUUCUCUCAGGCGAGUGCUAAUUUGAUUGAGUCUGUGAUGAAGAUGAUCGACCAGAGAUUCUGUGGCAGUAUGUGUAUGUCACAAAAGUGAAAGUGAGAGAGACACAAAGAGAUCUUUUUUUUUUCUUUGCAAUAUUAAAAGAGCCUAAGAGGAGGUAUUAUAGAGUUUUGUAGAAAAAAAAGAGAGAAGGAGGAAUAUUGGAGACAUGAUAAGAAUUUUGAUUGAGAGAAAAUGCGCCACAAUAUCUUGUGAUUUGAAUUAAUUUUCUUCAAUUGCCCAGUUAUUUUCAGGCUUUUUUUUUAUUCACUUUCUUGACCGUAUCACUGUCAAUUUACUUUCACCUCUUUUUUUCUUCUUCACAACGACUCUAUGUUGCAAAGAUCAGCAGAGAGAGAUUGAGAAGAACCACGCGGGAGAGAUUUCCUUUUGGAUUGACUCCUCCACUCUUAGUUAGAAGACAUAAAACCGUUAGGAAUAAAAUUACAAUAAAUUAUACAUUUUUUUCCUCUUA